AUGCCGGUGACUCCAGAAGAAGCAGCGCAGCUGCUGAACAGCCUGAAGGAUGAAAGCGCCUCUCUCGAGCAGCUUCAGGGGCUGCUGGAGUCUUUGCGGGUAAACCUUCCCUCUAAAAGCAGCAGCAGCAGCGCAGGAGCAGCAGCAGCACCAGCAGCAGCAGCAGCGCCAGCAGCAGCAGCAGCUCCAGCAGCAGCAGCAGCAACGGAAGGUGCAGCCCAGACGGAAAAAGAUGCUGCAAAGGACGCCGGCGCAGCGGAAGCCUCAAGCGACGACAGCAGCAGCAGCACCAGCGCGCAGCGGAAGGCUGCUCCAGCAGCCGAAAGCAGCAGCAGCAGCAGCAGCGUGAACCACAGCGAUAAUGCAGCAGCAGGCCGCGCUCAUUUGGACAGACUGGAUGGAGACUCGCGGCUGCUGAUUCAGCGGGCAGAGCCCGACGCCUCCCCCCUCAUCUCAGCAAAAUCAUGGCAAGACCUGCAGCUAAGCGAAGAACUCGUCAAAGCUGUCGAGGCCCUCGGCUUCAGGGCCCCCUCGAAGAUCCAAGCUGCUGCGCUGCCCCUCGUCCUCAGCCACAGACAAAACCUCAUUGCCCAGGCCCAAAACGGCAGCGGCAAGACAGCCACAUUUGCUCUGGCGAUGCUCUCCUGCGCAGACGCAAACAUUGCCCAGCCGCAGGCCCUGUGUCUCUGCCCCACAAGAGAACUUGCGCAGCAAACUGUUUGGGUUUUGAAGGACCUGGCCAGGUUUACGCAGCUGCUAAUCUUCUUGGCCGUCCCCCAGUCAAAGCCAGGUCCUGCUGCUGCUGCUGCUGCUGCUGCUGUUGCU